AUGCUUAUAGACAAUGAUGAAUUUUAUCAUCGUGAAUCAGAUCCAUUGCGAACAAGUGAAGCAAAAACGGGCAAUAUCUACGACAAUGAUCCGCAUCAACAAAAAUCUGGUAUUCAAGCAGAAACUGAGCGUGCUAUUCAACGUGGUUUAACGGAUACAGCAAGGAUAACACAACCAUGGGUUACGACAAGUUGUACUAAUCAAGAUAAUGACGAUGCCCUUGUUCUCAAUAAGUCAUCCGUCAAAUUCACCUCAUUCAAACGUGAUGCUAAAUUAAGUGAACUUAAGGAAUAUGUAGAACAAAGAUAUAAUGAUUAUCUUCGACAAUAUUUGAACCAUUACGUUAUAAAGGAAAAAGAUAGAGAAAAGAAGCGAACGAGAAGACAUCUUUUACGUGGACAAGAAAGAAAGCAAAAGACACUCACCACCCUCAGUCUUGCAGUUAAUAAUAUCGAAACCCAAGGAGCCCGGCAUCUGGCUCAGGCUUUAUCAAAUAAUACUACACUCACUCUGCUCAAUCUUUCAUCAAAUAAAAUUGGAGAUAAAGGAGCCCAAUAUCUGGCUGAUGUCCUACGAAACAAUAUGACACUCACCACACUCGAUCUCGCAUCUAAUAGAAUUGGGAAUCAAGGAAUACAACAUUUGGCUGAUACACUACGAAACGGCGCGAAUCUUACUUCACUCAAUCUCUCCAGCAAUGAAAUCGAAUACGAUGGGAUCGAACAUCUUGCUGAUGCUGUGAGAAAUAACAAGAUAAUCACUACACUCGACAUCGGAAGCAAUGGAAUUGGUGACGAAGGAAUUCAAUAUCUGAUUGCUGCUUUAAAAAACAACAAAACACUUACUACACUCAACCUCUCCAGCAAUCAAAUCGGUGUUACUACGGCUAAAUAUCUCGCGCAAACUAUAGGCUAUACUACGACACUCACUCAACUCGAUCUCAGCUACAAUCAGUUAGAAGCUGAGGGAAUUCAAGAAUUGGCUCCUACUUUACGACUUAAUAUGACACUGACUACGCUCUCCCUAUCGAGCAAUCGAAUCGGACACAUUGGGGCACAACAUCUUGCCUAUGCUUUACGAACAAACAAGGCAAUUACCACACUCAACUUAUCCAAGAAUCAAAUCGGAGCACACUCAUUGGCUUUUGCUAUCAUGUAUUAUAUGGAUGUGGCAGUCACAAAGCUCGAUCUUGGAUACAAUCAAAUCGGAGAUCGAGGUGCACAUGAUCUUGCUGAUGUUUUACAAUCUGAUGCAACGUUAUCUAAAUUAGAAAUCACAGGCAAUCCAAUUACAAUUAGUGCUGCCAAAUAUUUGUCUCAGACUUUGCGACAUAAAUUGGUGACCACAUUUUUAUAUGAAGAAAAAGGCGCCGAAAGAGCCCAAUAUCUGGCUGAUAUAUUUGCAAACAACGAGACACUCAAUACAUUGAACCUCGAAAAUGAUAAUAUUGGCUCGCAAGGAAUUCAACAUUUGGCUAAUGCUUUUCAUAAUAAUAAAACAUUCACCACACUCAACCUUGCUAGCAAUGAAAUUGGUGAUGAAGGUAUCCAACAUUUGACCAAGAUUCUGGAAAAUAACCACACACUCACUACACUCAAUCUCACUAACAAUGGAAUUGCUGCCGAAGGAACUCAGUAUCUAGCUAAGACAUUAAUCACCCUAAAUCUUUCCAGCAAUGCAAUCAGUACCGAAGGGGCACAAUAUCUGGCUAAGUCACUCGAAAAUAAUAACAUACUUACUGAACUCGACCUCUCUAAGACUGAACUCGGUAACGAAGGGAUCCAACAUCUUGCAAAGGCUUUGGAAAAUAAUAAUACACUAAUCACACUGAAUCUUGCGAACAAUGAAAUUGAAGCUGAAGGAAUUGAACAACUCGCUAAUUUUCUCCGAAAAAACACAACGAUUGCCACACUCAACCUCAAUGGGAAUAAACUUGAUGUUGACGGUAUCAAACAUUUGGCUGUUGCUUUGCAACAUAACAAUACAUUGAGCACACUCGAACUCUCCUCCAAUCUGAUAGAUGACGAGGCAAUCCUACAUCUGAGUGCUGCUUUACUAAAUAAUAAGACACUGGUCACACUCGUGCUCAGCAACAAUAUGAUUAAAGAUCAAGGAGCCGAAUACUUUGCUAUUGCCUUGCGAAGUAAUACGACGCUUAUCAAGCUCGAUCUUAUGCGCAAUCAAAUCGGGGAUCAAGGUACCCAAGAUCUAGCUGAUGCUUUUCAAAAUAACACAACACUCACCUAUCUAGCCCUCGAUGGCAACAAAAUCGAACAAAAUGGAGCCAAACGUUUAGCUGGUGCUUUCACAAAUAAUAAAACACUCACCUAUCUUGAUCUCGCUGGCAAUGAAAUUGGAGAUCAAGGUGCGCUAGCUCUGGCUGCUGCUUUUCGAAAUAAUACAACACUCACCACACUUGACCUGCGACGUAAUGAAAUAGGAAAAAUAUCCAAGCACCAUGUGACGCAAAUGUUGCGAAAAAAUCCGGGAUUGAAAUUAUUUUUGUGGGAUGAUUGGGAGGAUCUUAACUGA